AUGACGGUCGCCAUUGGUAUCGAACCGCCGUCCUACGAUGGCUUCAACUUUGAAGCUUUUGUCAGGUCCAGCAACGGCGCAUCCGAUCUCCCAGCCUAUACCCGUCGACCAACCCCACCACCAACCACUCGCGAACCCAGAAAUUUCACGUUUCAAUUGAAGAACCGAAGCGGUGUUUCCUGGGGCUCCAUCACCAUUCAAGGCGACCCACGACUGACAAAGCUCCUGCCAACAAUCCUGGAAGGCUCAGAAUUGACAGGCUCGGUGCAGCUGAAGCUCAGGACCACACAAGCGAUACAGGCCGUAUGCGUUAUUGUGAAAGGGGAGAUAGUUGGUGGGGCUCCCGGCUCUGUGCCUCAGAAGUUUCUGGACAUCAAGCAUGUCUUGUGGACCGCCGCGGAUGGUGACCCUAAUUCUCCUGGGAGUAUUUUGGCAGGAAGCAAACUCAACGGCUUGAAACUGAAGGGAGACUAUAGUUGGCCGUUUAAUAUCGCGAUUCCUCCAGAAAUAUCGCACGGAGGCGAGACUUAUCGUCUCCCACAUUCCUUGCUCGAUAAAAGCACGCUUUGCUCAAUACGAUAUACAACUGAGCUGCGAGUCGUUCGAGGGAAACUGCGGCCUGACGACAAGUUGCAAUGUCCGUUUGCUUACUUUUCCAUGCGCCAACCUUCAAGUCCUUCGUCGCUCAGAAUGUUAGCAUAUCAAGAGAACAGCCCGCUUCUCGGACCCGAUGCUGACCCUGAAGGCUGGCAAUCAUUUCCAUUGACAAUCAAAGCGAUUUUGUUUGCCUCUCGGGUCGUUGAGAUUAAACUAUCGUUCUCCUUGGCCAAACCCCUUUGCUACACAAGAUCAGGUUCAAUUCCUUGCGCGAUGACGAUUGAAACGUCAGAUACACAAGCCAUGGACUUGCUUGCUGUUCCUUCUGUCCCCCUCGUCUAUCUCGAGCGAACGACGAAAGAAUUUGACGAAGGUUAUCGAACAAUGACAGAGCCUUGCGGACAAGCCGUAUUCUGGCCUUCAACCUCUGGUAGUUCUGACUCUACCAUCCCGAAUCAACGUUGCCUAAUGGGCGAAAUACAUUUGCGAAACGAUCUCUCGCCGUCAUCGGCUGUGCUUGGCUUUGCUGUCGAGUACGCCGUCGUCGUAUUCCCCUUCCAGGCGGUCGGGUUCAAGCCCAUGGAUGACGGGAAACCGAUUUUGAAAGAAUCCGUUGAGAUCACGACCCGAUACGCACCGGGUCCUCGACAGCAAACCUAUAGCCCGCCGGCAUAUGAGGGAAGGAAUUGGGCUGUCGACCAAUACUACUACCAUCUGGUCAUUCAACGGGCUGUUUCGGGUAAUCGUCCGCGCGGGAGGGGUGGAAGGGGGCCUUGA